AUGUCUGGACUCGUGCACAAGGUGAAGGACGCCAUUAGUGGCCAUCACCACGAUUCCACCCACACCUCCGAUACCACUGGUACACACCACGGCACUCACCACACCACUACGGAUACCACUACCACCAACCAUGGCCCUCACAGCUCCAAGCUCGCCAAUAAGCUCGAUCCCCGUGUCGACAGCGACCGUGACCACCGCUCUGGUUCUAACGCCACGAUAACUCGGGGCCCAGAGGGCGAAAAGGUCGCUCACACCAGCACCCACGGUCCUCGCCCGAUCGAGCCUGGCCAUGGCCACUCUGCAGCUACUGGCACUACCGGCACUACCAGCACCACCCACGGCCCGCACAAGUCCAACAUUGCGAACAAGCUUGAUCCUCGCGUUGACUCAGAUGCGGACAACCGCGCCCGGCAUGAAGCUAUCGGUGGAACCUAUGGCCCUCACAGCUCCAACGUCGCCAACAAGGUUGAUCCCCGCGUUGAUAGCGACAGAGAUAACCGUGCUGCCCACACUGGUGCUGGAGCCACCUCCGGCGCCUAUGCCAGCGGUGCCCGCAACACCUACGGUACUUCGACUUCUACCAACGCCGGACCUCACAACUCGAACAUGAUGAACAAGGUCGACCCCCGUAUCGACUCUGACAUGGACAACCGUGCUCGCCAUGAGACCAUGGGUGGUGCCUAUGGCCCUCACAGCUCUGACGUCGCCAACAAGAUUGACCCCCGGGUUGACAGUGACAUGGACAACCGCGGUGCUUACGGUACCACCGCUACCCACGGCGCCGGUGCCGGGAACACCUUCGGCACCCACACCAGCUCGAACGCCGGCCCCCAUAACUCGAACAUGAUGAACAAGGUCGACCCUCGCGUCGAUUCCGACAUGGACAACCGUGCCCGUCAUCAGGCCAUGGGAGGUGCUCAAGGUCCUCAUUCUUCCAACCUCGCCAACAAGCUGGAUCCCCGUGUUGACUCUGAUAUGGACAACCGCGGCACUACCCACGGAACCACUGGUUCCUACGGCACUGGUCACGCCUACGGUUCCGGCGCUGGUAUGAACACUGGCAUGGGUACCGGCAUGGGUACUGGCAUGGGCACUCACACCAGCACAAAUGCCGGUCCUCACAACUCCAACCUGAUGAACAAGGUGGACCCCCGCGUCGAUUCUGACAGAGACAACCGCGCACGCCAUGAGGCUCUCGCUUCCAGCAGCUACCACGCCCCUGGCACUACCACUCACACCGCGGGACCCCACAACUCCAACCUGAUGAACAAGGUGGACCCCCGCGUCGAUUCCGACUUGGACAACCGUGGUACCCUGGGCACCCAGCGUGGUUACUAA